CAGAUAGCGCGCUCCAAAUAAUGUGUGCGUUACAAUGUCAUGAAAGGCAGUUCUAAUUACAAAACGUUAUGGCUUCUGAAGAACUCAAUAACCUAAGAAAACCAUCUGCAAGACGUUCGAAGCCUGAUAUGGCGGCUCUAGUAGACCAGCAGAGGCUUUUCGAAAAUCCUUGGAGUCGGAAGCCUUUAUUCCAGCUAGAAUCGCUCGUACCAGUCGUAUCUUUGCAUGAUGUAGGAUCUCACCCAAGUAAUAUUGAACGUGUUGAUAUGACUUCAACAUCCCUUGCUGAAAAACGUUUCCUCAAACAUCCAUCUCACUCAGUUAAGUCCGUCAAGGAUGACGACAAUGUGACUGUAAAACGUGGCUCCCUAUAUGUUUACUCAUAUAAUAAAUUGGAAGCGAAUAAGAUUCAUGGUCAGGCUUCAUUCUCUUCAUCUGAUGAUUCAGAUAUUAUGGAAAACAAUAAUAUAAAUUCAGUUGAUGAAGAUGAUGAUCUACCUUUGUCUACAUUCCUUCCCUUGAAAUCAGAUACUUUAACCAAUAAUACAACUAUUAUUACCAAUCAUCAUUAUCAUCAUCAUCAUAAUAAUAAUACUAACAAUAGUAUUGAUGAUAAAAAAAAUUUCUUACCAUUUUGUCCAUGUACAAAACCUGCAGUUCUAGAUGAUCCACGUUUAGAUGGAUUAUUUUGUUCACCUGAAUGUCUUAUACGUGCAUGUCAUGAAGCAUUUGAUAUAUGGUUAAGAAAUCAUCAUUGUAUUAAAAAUAAUUCUAUCAUUUAAGUAAUAGAAAAGAAUGCAGAAAAUAGUUAUACUUUCAUAGUAUUUAUUAUAAAUCUCAUUUAAAUAUGUACAUAUUUAUAAAGAUUAUUCGGAAUUGCUUUUGCUAAUCAAUGUUGAAUCAAAUCG